GGGUUUCGGAUCCCACGAAUGGAAAAAGCAAAAUCCGAGAUGGGAUCCCUGUUCUCGGUACCCCUCCUCUCUUUCUCCCCUCCUCCACCUCAACGGCCUCUUCGAUGAUUCGACGGGUCAAUUUUGAGAAAUGGAGCCUAUGGAUAUCGUGGGCAAGUCAAAAGAGGAUGUUUCGCUUCCUAAAGCAACUAUGUUUAAGAUUAUAAAGGAAAUGUUGCCGCCAGAUGUCCGUGUUGCUAGAGAUGCUCAGGAUCUUCUUGUCGAGUGUUGUGUAGAAUUCAUCAACUUAAUUUCGUCAGAGUCGAAUGAAGUAUGUAGUCGAGAAGAUAAAAGAACAAUUGCCCCUGAGCACGUGCUUAAGGCUUUGGAGGUUCUUGGCUUUGGAGAGUACAUCGAGGAGGUUUACGCUGCGUACGAACAACACAAACUCGAUACCCUGGACUCUCCCAAGGGUGGAAAGUUCAGCGGUGCUGAGAUGACAGAGGAAGAAGCAUUGGCAGAGCAGCAAAGGAUGUUUGCUGAGGCUCGAGCUAGAAUGAACAAUGGAGUCAGUAGUACACAGAAACAAUCUGACUCUGAUCGUAGUUUAGAGAGCUAACCUUAAAAUCUCGCAUUUUAUGUAAGUAUUUUAAACAUCCAUCGAGAUCUUCGAUAGUGCAAAGGAUCUCUGUAUGGGACUGUUUUAUGGGAUUGCUCGUGUAAAAAGGAAAACGUUUGGUGUUCCUUGUUCUAUUUGGUAAGUUAACUGAGGCAUGGUUGCUUACCCCUUCUCUAUUAGAUAAUGAUAUGUAUAAUUGUAUGCAAUCAUAUUUUAACAGACGUUGUGUUGUGUACAUAUUUCCUUGUGUCCUAACUAUUGAAGAUUUUUCUUAAGGUUUA